AUGCCUGUCGUCAAAGGAGGUGUCUGGACCAACAUCGAGGAUGAGGUGCUCCGAGCAGCUGUUUCCAAGUAUGGUCUGAACCAGUGGGCCCGAGUAUCCUCGCUGCUCGCACGCAAAACCCCGAAGCAGUGCAAAGCGCGUUGGAUUGAAUGGCUGGACCCGGGUAUUCGCAAGAUUGAAUGGACGCGAGAGGAGGAUGAAAAACUGCUGCACCUCGCCAAAUUGAUGCCCACGCAAUGGCGCACAAUUGCCCCCAUUGUUGGGCGCACCGCCACACAAUGCCUCGAACGCUACCAGAAACUUUUGGAUGAAGCCGAGUCGCGCGAAAACGAUGACCUCGGACUAGGAGGACCUGGCGCGGAGGGUGCUGCGCCCAGUGCGGACGAUGUUCGCCGUCUACGGUAUGACAUGAUUCCCUAUGCCCAAAUUUCCCAAGUCGCUGACAUUUCUAGACCCGGUGAAUUGGACCCUGACCCCGAGUCUAAGCCCGCCCGCCCCGAUACUAUUGAUCUGGACGAAGACGAGAAAGAAAUGCUGAGCGAAGCGCGUGCUCGUCUUGCUAACACGCAAGGUAAAAAGGCCAAGCGCAAGGCUAGAGAGCGCCAAUUAGAAGAGUCUCGACGAGGUGCUGCUCUACAGAAGCGUCGUGAACUCAAGAAUGCCGGUAUCAACGUCAAGGUUGUUACACGGAAGCCUGGGCAGAUGGACUACAACGCAGAUAUUCCAUUUGAGAAGCCGGCAGCGCCCGGAUUCUAUGACACACUUGAAGAACAAAGCCAGAACGAGCGGCAGCGGGAGGCCUUCGAUCCUCGCAAGCAGCAACUCGCAAACAAGAGAAAGGGUGACCAGGAUGAUGAUGCGGAGCGCAAGAAGCGCAAGAACGAUAAAUCGGGAAAUGCCGCCGCUUCUGCCGCCGCUCAGCGAGCAGGUCAAAUGCAGAAGAUUCGCGAAGCUGAGCAAAGCAGCAAGCGAGAUGUGCUGAAAUUGCCGGCACCCCAGGUCGCGGAGAGCGAGAUGGAGGCAAUCAUCAAGAUGGGAUUGGCAGGCGAAAAGGCUAACCUCAUGUCUGGCGAUGACGACUUUGCUCAGGGUCUUCAGGGAAAAUAUUCUAUUCUCGGAAACACUCCUAUCAGAACUCCGCGAGCUGCUCCUGAGGAGGAUCAUAUCGCCAACGAGAUCAAGAACAUCAGGGCUCUUACCGAGACACAAUCCUCUCUUCUGGGUGGAGACAAUACCCUGCUGCACGAGGGCGGUUCGUCAACUGGAUUUGAUGGCAUCGCUCCUCGGCGACAGAACAUCGUCACACCUAACCCCAUGGCCACGCCCUUCCGCCAGGCAAAUGGCAUGGGUGCUACUCCUGCACCCGGUGGUACGCCUUUGCACACACCGCGCGACCACUUCUCCUUGAACCAAGGCGGCCAAUUGAUUGGCAGCACACCCCGUGACAUUAAAAACCACGAAAACUUUGUUCGCCAGCAACUUCGCGGCAAGUUGGCUUCGCUACCCAAGCCAAAGACAGCCGACUGGUCGCUCGACGAUAUCCCAGAUGAGACCGCUGAACCCUCUACAUCAAUGGAACUCAGCGAAGAGGAUGCGGCGGAGCGUGAUCGCCGUGAGCAACAGGCACAAGAAAAGGCCGCCAGGGCAGAAUUCAAGCGUCAAUCACAAGUGUACCAGCGCGGUCUGCCUCGACCAGCUGUUCUUGAGUUGAACGCUUUGGUGCAACGCGCCUCUCAGGUCACAGGUGCCAUCGAGGGCUUAAUCGCCAACGAAGCCGCCGCUCUAAUCGCACACGAUUCUCGCAAGUUCCCUGUCCCCGGAAGUCAGGUAGAAGGCAAGGCGCCGAAAUUGCGCCAGCUGGACGACCGGUUCCUGGAUGCAGCUCGGGCUUCGAUUGCCGCUGAGAUUGCUUCCGAGGCGCAACAGUCAGAAUGGCAAGAUAAGUUUGACGACGGCUGGACCUCGGCUCGUGCCAAGUCCCUGCCGGGUCUCGAGAACUAUGAAGACGACGAGCAAGAUGCCUCCGAGGAGGAACAAAAAUGGAAGGGUGCCUUUGAUACCGUCCAAACAGCACUCUUUGCCACGGCCGAGCGCGGAAACAAGCUGGAAAAGAAGCUUUCAUUACAUUACGGUGGAUAUCAAUCUCGCGCCAAGACUCUGCGGUCAAAAAUCGCAGAGGCAGGAGCUGCUUUGCCCGCAGCUACAAAUGAGCUUGACGCUUUCCGUACACUUCAAAUCUCCGAGGAGGCUGCUGUGCCCCGGAGACUCGAUCAUCUCCGUGAGGCGGUGUCAUUUGUCAUGCGGCGUGAACGUGAGGCCCAGGAGUUGUACAAGAGCCGGAAAGAAGAGCUGGAUGAACUUGUUGCCGGGACUGCUACCAUAAACGGGUGGCACUAG